AUGUCUCCCUCUACCUCGAACUGCAAGAAGGCCCUCUUGGUUGCCGUUACCGAGGAGAAUCCAGUUAUUCGUAAUAGGGAUGUCCGGUGUCUUUCUACCUUCCUCAUAGCUCACCGUGGAUUUCACCCGAAUUCAAUAUUCACCAUGACGAGUGGUGACACCAGCUCUCCUCUAUGUCCCACGGAAAUCAGUCUCAUGUCACAGCUGUCUCGUAUAUUGAAGGAGUUGAGUCCUGGGGGCGAACUCUUGUUUUAUUUUUCAGGGCAUAGUAUGCCCCCAUCGCAGAUGCAUGCUUGCUGUAAUGCUAAAGUCCUACGUAAGAAUAAUACCAUUAACAUAGCCUUGACCUUUAUAGCUACCCUAGUGCUUCCUGGAGAAUCUACGCUACGUGGGAAGCUCCAGAAGGUCCGUGAUCGAAUCAUAAAAUUAAUGCCCUCGGGGGCGAAGGCCACCGUCAUAAUCGAUUCCUGCUACUCUGGGGCAUUUUUUGAUAAUGUAUUCUUACUCCGGGAUUCUCGGUUCCUGGGUGUAGGAAUAUCUCCGUUUCAUGGUUGGGGUACAGACAAGCCCACUAUAGCAUGGGAGUCAGAAGAUCCGAUCGACUUCUCAAUGACCCGUGGUCUUGUCAGAAUUCUACAUGGGAAUCCAAAUUGCAGCUGGCAGGAGUUGAUGCACGAUCUCAGGUUGAAAUGCAACGAGAUGACGGCUGCAAGGCUGAAAGACUUGGCCAACGCUUGCAGCCAUAUGGGUUGUGGAGCUUCGUGGCCGCACAGCGAGGAUCAAACGCCACAGUUAAUCUACACGAAUGGCCUGAAUCUUGAUUCUCGCGCGCUACUUUAGGAGGAAUGUUAAUGCUGGGAGCCCUGGGGUCACAUGUCAGAUAGUACUAGCUGUGUGAGUGGAAGGCGUCAUGAAGCUGCUUAUCUCCGUCCGCCACUGCCUAGUUGAUCACGCUAGAACAUAUUUCCAUCGAUUUGGACGUGACUUUUACUCCAUGCACCGCUUCGGCACGCCUGAGUUUUGGGACGGAUCACCCUCAACUUGCAUCCGAUUGCUUCCAUUGUGACGGCUCUGCCACAGUUACUUAUCGCCGAGGUUAUCUAUGCU